AUGCUGAGCGCUGAGAUCGCGAAUUCCUCAGGUCUCUUUACUCCGAGUGAAGCACGGACGAUACUUACAAGGACUUUCGAAGAGAAUGAAGAGCACUAUGUAGCUAAGUUGAUUGACCACCGCUUGGCCGUGGCCAUCAAGCCAUGCUGCACCAACUUCUGCGGCACGCGUUCAAGUACUGGCUUCACAAACUACGAAUCUCCCAACAGUGAUCUAAAACGCUACCCUAGAAUUUGCUCAUUGUUUAUACAACCGAAGGUCCAAGAGUCUACAGCAUUUAUCGUGCAAGAUCCGUUGACUCAAGGCACGGGCAGUGUCUCCUUGCUGGGUCUCGAUCUUCCCAUGUUCUUCCUGCAAAGGCAUCGACGAAAGAUCCGCACGAAAGACUCCAUCUCGCAUCCCAUUCAAAUCAACCAUACCCCAGAAAUCCCACCAGAAAAUGACGCACCCCUCUGCUCAACAUGCUCAUCCCUCGACCUCCAUGCAAUCCUCCACAACGGCGUCCCAAAAGAAUGCGCAAUCCCCAUCGGUCACCUCACAGACAUCCUCAACAAAUCCAACCAGUGCGGACUGUGCAAUCUCAUAGCUAUCGUCAUCCGCCGCGAGUGGAACUUGGAUAAGCUGCCUGAUGUCGACAUUUCUGAUGUUACUUGUGCGCUGUAUGCGAUGGAAUGCGGGUAUCCGGGCAUUCCGGAUUAUGUCUCCCCUGUACUCAGGGAUAUCUGCCAUCGGCUGUAUAUCCUGACUUUUGAUAGACCUCCGGAUGUUUCAGCUGCUAUAACUGCCGCGCAGUCAAACUUCUUGCUGGAUAUUCAGCUCCUCGAAGAAGAUGCUUUCAAGGUUGGCAGGACGAAGGAACUUCAUGGCAGAAGAGUCGGUCAGAAUGUUGAUAUCGCCUUGUUGAAGAGAUGGAUUCACAUCUGCGAACACGAGCAUGGGGAGCUAUGUGAAACAGUAUGGUGGAGAGGCGCCGGAGACGUUCUCCCGAGGAGCGUCAGAGUCAUCGAUGUCACUCAAAUGGCUGUGGUUCGCGCUCCGCCAUCUUGCCGGUUUGUCGCUCUCAGCUACCUCUGGGGAGGUACAGGAGAAGAGUACUGGACGACACGGGCAAAUCUCAAGCAGCGCAGAGCAAAAGGUGGCCUUGAUGUAUCAGUGCUGCCGGGCACGAUCUUAGACACUAUCCAACUCGUGCGUCAGCUCGGCGAGCGGUACCUGUGGAUCGACGCGUUGUGUAUCGUACAAGACGACCCUAAGGACAAGGCAGUGCAGAUUGACGCAAUGGAGCUUAUCUACGGUAGCUCUGUGUUCACAAUCUUCGCUGCGGGUGGCACCUCCGCGCAUGAUCCUCUCCCAGGCAUCCGCCCAGGAACAAGGGAUCCCAAACAACAAAUAGCUAAAAUACAAGGCCUUCACCUCGCCAUUCCCCUCAUCCUUCCCCGGGAGGCCAUAGCAAGCUCUGCAUGGGACACACGUGGCUGGACAUAUCAAGAACUCAUGCUCUCGCGCCGCCGGAUCUUCUUGACACCCCAUCACGUGCACUUUCAAUGCACCGAGGAUGUAUGGAGCGAAGACGUGAUCGCAGAGCGCAGUAACCUCCCAUGGGCAUCGCACCCCGUGAAGUAUGGUGGUGUAGUUGCGUUGACGUUCUUGCGUGCUCCACCGCAAUGGAUGAGCCCUACAUAUAUGGAGCACUACAUGAGCAUCAUCGGAAAAUAUACGCAACGCAGGCUUACUAUGGAGUCGGAUAUCGUGAUUGCUGUUACAGCGCUUAUCCAUGCGUUGGCCAAGGGGUUCAAGAUUGCUGGUGGUCACCCUAGUCAAGCGUUCCGGUUCGGGAUGCCCAUCAUUGACCUGGAACUUGCAUUAGUGUGGCAGCCAACGACCAAUACAUCAUGUGUGCGGCGAGUGCAUAGGAAUGGAGAUACGAUGUUAUGGCCAUCCUGGUCGUGGGCUGCAUGGCGGGGUGCUGUCCAAUAUAGCGAACUCAGCUUGUUCGUUGAUGCACGGAAUGGGGGCGUUUCUCCGUGGAUAGCGCAGUCACUGGUGGAGCAGUGGCAUAUCGUGGAUGAUGAUGGUCGGCUUGUUCCCCAGGAUGUUAGACGUACUGGUCGGAUGGCAAGAUCUGUUGAAGAAGCAAACUCUAGUCCAUAUGUCAUUCCAAAAGGCGAUAUCGAAGGGAAAACUCUGAUUACAGAGAAUGCAUUGCGCCUGCAGCCUGGGACGUUAGUAUUCAGGACUCGUUCAGCUUGUUUUACCGUUACGAAAGCGGACGAUGUCGUCGGUGCUGAUCCCAAGGCCAACUAUGCGACAUAUUCCAUACUAUCUGACAUUCCUCGACCAUCAACGUUAGUAGGGCGCGUUAUCCUUCCAUGUACCACUCAUUCACCGAGCUCAUGUGAAUUUAUUGUUCUGUCUCGUGCCGAUGAUACCAACGGGUUGUACGAUGAAGACACACUGGGAAAACGAUAUUUGGGGUGCAUGUUGUAUGUGAUGGUGGUGCAGAAGAUGCAGGAUGGAAGACGCGUGGAACGGGUUGGGGUUGGGGUUAUAUUUGAACACGCUUGGCCGAACUCGACAGGGGAGCACAAGGUUGUUCUUUUGGGAUAG